AUGUCUUAUGAAUUACGUGAUCAGAUUUCCAAGUAUAUAGGAUUCAGCCCUGAAGAAAUCCGCCCCCCAAUUACGGAUGAAGAUAAACAGCUUUUUCGGGAAUUAAUAGCAGAUCAAGAGGAGAUGAUAGAUAUUGUGAUGGAUGAGUAUCGAUUUUUACUUCAUCAUGGACAUAACUACAAGGGUGGAAAAUUAAUACAUAUAAUAAAGGUUUUGGCUCACAUCGAAAAAAGAUUCAAAGACCUUCCACUUGCACCAGUUGUUAUAGUUGAUUAG